GUAAUGUUGUUGUUGUUGUUGUUGGGUUUUUUUUAAGGUUUUACAGCUUGCCGAUUAAAGCCUCUCUCUCUCCACACAUACACCCCCCCCCCUUACUUUUCGGCUUGAAGGAAAUCAAGUCGAAACACACGGCCGAUUUCCCAGGAGUUGUUCGACGUGUGUCGUCAAGUGCCCAAUAGGAAAAGGUGGCUGAGAUAUGAUUUUUCCAAUUUGGCUGGGGAUUCUGUCGUAAUUAUACACUCUCUCCACACAACAACAAUCAACAAACGUAUGCACAGGCUGUUGUUGCAAACACAAAAGUUACAACAGCAGCAGCAGCGACGAUGCUUAUUUACUGCUAAUACUCUUAAUACCACCACCAAAACAACCAGCAACAACAACAAUGGUCCCAAGCCAGGCGAUCGUGUCAUGGUAGCAAUGUCGGGUGGCGUGGAUUCCAGUGUCACUGCAGCAUUACUCAAAGAUCAAGGGUUCCAAGUCCAGGGCAUUUACAUGCGUAAUUGGGACACGUCGGAUGAACGAGGCGAAUGUACCUCUGUUCAGGAUUGGCAAGACGUCCAACGGGUGUGCGAAAAACUCAACAUCCAAGACUGCCGACACGUCAAUUUCGUCAAGGAAUAUUGGACGGAUGUGUUCCAACAGACGCUAGACGAUUAUGCGCAUGGACUGACGCCCAAUCCCGAUAUUGCCUGUAAUCGACAUAUCAAAUUCGGGGCCUUGUUGGCCCACGUACCCGACGACACAUGGUUAGCGACUGGCCAUUAUUGUCGAUCUCUAUUCCAGCAACAAGAUCAUCAUCGUCAUCAGCUGUGGCGAGGUCGAGAUAGAAAAAAGGACCAAUCGUAUUUCCUAGCGUCGGUCGACGCGCGUGCCAUCCAACGCACCUUGUUCCCGCUCGGCGAAUUCGAAAGCAAAGCCAAAGUCAAAGCGAUCGCUCAUCAGCUGGAUUUGCACGUGGCCAAGAAGCGUGAGAGUAUGGGCAUCUGCUUUGUCGGCCAACGACGACGGUUUGCCGAUUUCUUGAAAGAAUACAUUGAUCAGCCGCCAGGGCCGGCCGUGGAUGUGUGUACUGGUAAACGGAUCGGAGACCAUCGCGGCUUGUUUGCUUACACCGUCGGCCAAGCUUCAAAGAUUUGUUAUGGCUCGGAUAAAUGGUUUGUCGCACAGAAACGGAUGAGUGACAAUACUUUGCUGUGUGUGCCUGGCUCUGACCAUCCCGCGCUUUUCCAUUCGGCGUGUACCGCACGUGAUUGGGUCUGGAUCGAGGGUCGACCGCCUCCACACUUUUUAUUUAGUAGUGGUAAUAAUAAUAAUAAUGAUAACAACAACAACAACACGGACCACCACCAGCACCAAGAUGGACAAGGUAGUGUUCUCGUGGAUGCCCAGGUGAGGUAUCGCAUGGCGGCACAAAAGGCUCGAUUAUCAAGAUUACAAGAUGGUCGAUACCAUUUAGAGUUUCUGGAACCCAUCCGUGCCAUGGCACCUGGUCAACAAGUUGUUAUCUAUCUAGGUGAUUGGUGCCUUGGAGGUGGCACCAUCCAAGACAUUUAUAAUAACACACAUUCCCCCGUCUCCAUUGUAUAAUAAUCAUAAUAAUCACAUUCUUUUAAUUUUUGUUGUAUAUAAUCCAAAUGUUUUUUUUUAAAGUAAAAGAACCCAGUU